UUCCCGGUUGUUAGUGCAUCGUGGCGCUGGUCUCGUUAAUUUAACUCGCAUAACAGUGCCGUCUUUUACCUGUCGCUCUCUUUAAGGCGAGAGGUUACCGUGAAUGUUUUGUUUGUUGCUGUUCUUCUGCUUUUCGUACACAUAUCUGCACCUUGUAAACGGUCCCGCGUACCGAAUUUAUUUUAAGCGGCGAUGCGCUUCAUCUCCUCCUCCAAUAAUGUUUGCAGUAAUCACCGGGUACAGACCAGUGCGUAAGGCGUCGACCUUAUUCAGAAAUGAAGUUAUCUGGAAAGAAUGGAGGACACCUUCACUCCUCUGGACUGCUUGCUGCCAGCAGGAAAACAGAAGAUCUGCUUAUUGAUCCUUAACCAGCCACUGGAUGCAGACUAUCUACACGUACUUUGGAGGAAAGCCGUGAUAAGGGCGUGUGCAGACGGCGCGGCCAACCACCUGUACCACGCCACCGACGGCCACAGGGACAGCUUCCUGCCUGACUACAUCAGCGGGGAUUUCGAUUCCAUUACGCCUGAAGUCAGAUCUUUCUAUGAGGGAAAGAAGUGCAGACUGAUCGAAACGGCAGAUCAGGACCUGACCGACUUCACUAAGUGCCUGGCCAUCCUCCUGGAGGAGAUUAAACAGCGCAGUUUGCAGGUGGACACAGUGGUGACCCUUGGCGGCCUGGCUGGACGCCUGGACCAGACCAUGGCCUCCAUCGAGACCCUCUUCCACGCCCAGAACAUGACGGAGCUGCCUGUCAUUAUCCUCCAGGGGUGUUCCCUGGCUUACCUCCUCCGGGCAGGCAUGCGGCACCGGCUGGACGUCAACACGGGCCUGGAGGGGGAUUGGUGCAGCCUGAUUCCUGUGGGGGGGCCCUGUGUGACCAGAACCACGGGACUCAAGUGGAACCUCGCAGAUGGUCAGGUGCUGCAGUUCGGAAAGCUGGUCAGCACAUCCAACACUUAUGAGGCCCACGACGCAGAGGAGGACAGGAAGCCUGUGCUGGUGCAGAGCGACCGGCCUCUGCUGUGGAGCAUGGGAAUUCACAGGAAGUAGGCUGCGGAGCAUGGGAAUUCACAGGAAGUAGGCUGCGGAGCGUGGGAAUUCACAGAAAGUAGGCUGCGGAGCGUGGGAAUUCACAGGAAGUAGCCUGCGGAGCGUGGGAAUUCACAGGAAGUAGCCAGCGGAGCGUGGGAAUUCACAGGAAGUAGACUGUAAAGCGGAUGCAGGGAGCAGGAACGAGUUCAGUGCCAUGUGCCUUCAGUCAUAAUUCACACAUGCGUGUUUUACUAACAUGACUAUAUAUAAAUGCAAAUUUUAUAUUUAAAAAUUGCAAAAGAUAUAUUUAAAAAAUUGUCCUCCAUAUAGCCAGUCAUCCAGGCACCAAACCACCUCUGAAAGACAAAACCAAGAGGAGUUAACAUUCAGGCCAAAGUGAUUCAAUGAGACAAGCACACUACAUUAACUACAGCUGGUUCCUCCAUAAUUUAAAUACACUUUUUCCCCACAUGUAAUUUUAACUGGAUCAAAGAUUCUGGUUAUCACACUCAUGCAGGAGAUAUCAGCAGUAAUGCAGUGGAUAAGCAUCCAAGUCAGAAGGUGCACUGCACUGUUCACUGCAUCACUGCAGCAUGUGUGAUUAAAGAAAAAAAGCAAAUUCUCUGUUAAAACCAUGCAAGGUUUUAAGGCCACAGCACCAAACCUGAAAUGUAAAACUUCAACUCUACCAGUGAGAAAGUAAGAGUGAAAAGAAUGUGUAACACUGCAGCCACACUGUUUAAUAAAAAAAUACAUUUGUUAAA